UCCUUCAGCUCCAGUUCAGUCCCCCCAAAUCUCUCGUCCAAUCUGUUAGCAGUUCGCCGCCCAAGGAACCUCUUGCUGCUGUUGUUCUUCUUCUUUUUCCUCCUCAUCCUGUACCUCUACAUUGAUCAUCCAUCCACCAUAGGUAGCACCGGAUACGUCUGUCUGCAUCACAAAACCUGGUUUAGUCUCGCCCAGUCACGUACAGCAUAGCCCAGCCAAGCUCCGUCUGCCUGCUCGUACCUUUUACCCCGACGCCCACCCCAUCGUAUUCUUCAACCUUACUUCUUCCCCAUCUUCCUCUGCUCUUGCGCUCCAGACCAGAACAGCAGCCCGGGACACGGUGACGACGUCGCUCUUCCCUCGUCAAAUCUUGCCUUCAGAAGCACACUGCUUCUUACACUAUACAACCCCAAUCGAAACAUUUUCGUCGCAAUCGCUGCCACACACAACCACAAUGGCUGAUACCGGUCUCCCCUCGGGCUGGGAAGUGCGACACUCCAACUCCAAGAACCUCCCAUACUACUUCAAUGCUGCCGAAAAGGUCUCGCGCUGGGAGCCGCCCGCAGGAACCGACACGGAGAAGUUGAAGCACUACAUGGCCACCCACCACAGCGCCGGCUCCGGCGCAAGGCCCCAGGCCGUCCCCGUCCCCGAGGGCAAGAUCCGCGCCGCCCACCUGCUGGUCAAGCACAAGGACAGCCGUCGCCCCUCGAGCUGGAGAGAGUCCGAGAUCUCUCGCAGCAAGGAAGACGCUCUCGAAAUCAUCAAGGCACACGAGGAGAAGAUCAAGUCCGGUCAAAUCUCCCUCGGUGAGCUCGCCCUGACCGAAUCAGACUGCAGCAGCGCCCGUAAGAGAGGCGACCUGGGCUACUUCGGCAAGGGCGAUAUGCAAAAGGAGUUUGAGGAUGCGGCUUUCGCCUUGAACCCUGGCGAGAUCAGCACCGUUGUUGAGACGGCGAGCGGGUUGCACUUGAUUGAAAGACUGGAGUGAGACCGACCAGCGUAAAUCGAAGAGUAGCAUCACAUGUAUGCGAGGAAGCAAGCAAGCAAGGACUGGAAGGGGUUUUGAAAAGUUGAGCCGCGUCUGUUGACAUGGCUUGCUUAGCCCGAGUCUGUGCUUGUCCCGCGCCCCAUUAACAUGCGAUACCAGUCAUGACUGUACACCAAAACAAAAAAAUACCACGCGCAUCUGACGAUUCCAU